UGAAGUGGCAGGCAGCUUCUUCCGUUCCUUCCUUUCUAGCACGCUCACUUUCGUUCUGAAGCUUCUCUCUGAUUGGGUAGCUAGCUAGAGAUCAGUGUAGUUCUGGCCAUGGCAAGCACCAAGUGCAAGGAGGAGGAGCCGGGCAACCAGAGCAUGAAGCAGCAGCAGCUGCAACAGCAGGGGAGCACCAAGUUCUACUCCAAGAUGCUCUCCAAGGAGGCCGCGGCGACGCUCGCCGUGCCGGUGCCGUCCUUCCGGGUGUACUACGGCGUCGCCUCGGCGGGCUCCGUGCCUUUCCUGUGGGAGUCGCAGCCAGGCACGCCCAAGAACUCGCCCUCCGCAGCCGCGCUCCCGCCGCUCACCCCGCCGCCCUCCUACUACGCCUCCGGCCGCAAGGGCGGCAAGAUGGGCGCUUCCGCCUCCGGGUCCGGGAGGCGCUGGCCAGGCGGCGUCAUGGCCCUCCUCCGGAGGCCACGGCGCAGGACAUCGCCGUGCUCAUCCUCCCUGUCCUGGUCGUCGUCGUCGUCGACGGCAUCGUCCAUGUCUCCGGUGUUUACGGUGCAGUCCUCGCCCGCCGCGCGGGGCUCCCACCGGCGAGCGUUCUCGGCCGGUGACAUCUUCGAGGACGCGGUGGCGCCCGCGAGGUGCUUCGGGAUGGAGAGAGAGUGCGAGAGGGGGAUGGUGAAGGGCUGCGGCGUUGCGUUGGCCGUCCGGAAUGCGUUGGCCACCAUCGUCGGCCACAAGUCCGGUGGCCGAGCCACCAGCGCGGCGGCAUAGAGAGGUGGCUACACUGUAUGUAGCAGUAUGUUAUGUUUAAUUUUCUGAAUACCCGAGGUGUGGUUUGCAUUGUGUGCUAGUAGUAUAAUGUACUUAACCUGAGUUACGUGUCAUUUCAGUUCAGAGUCAUGCUUGAUAAACACAAGAGAAUUGUAAACAUAACGAGUAA